GGAGACAAUGCUGUUGUUCUCGUAUUGUAUAACUGCUAUCCUUUGUACGCAGUAACUUGAUCUAACUUUAAUCGACUAUUCCUGCAGAAUGCUCGGGAAAAUCGCCCUCGAAGAAGCCUUUGCCUUGCCUCGUUUUGAGGAAAAGACUCGUUGGUGGGCUAGUCUUUUCUCUACAGAUGCAGAACAACAUGUACGAGAAAUCACGGAUAUCGACAUGCUACGUAUCGAAUACGCCAAUAAGCAUGGUGUUGGCUACCAAAUUCUCUCGUAUACGGCCCCUGGUGUCCAGGAUAUCUGGGACCCGGACGAGGCGCACGCCUUGGCGGUUGAGAUCAACGAUUACAUAGCUGAGCGCGUUAGCAAGGCACCGGAUAGGCUGGGGGCGUUUGCGUAUGACCAUCUCCUUUUGCAAUUCCUGCAGCUUGGGUAUAUAGUACUUAUGUUGACGAUGAUAGGACGCUGUCCAUGCACGAUCCCACCCGAGCCGCUGCUGAACUCCGUCGCUGUGUGGAGACAUACGGCUUCAAAGGCGCCCUCGUAAACGACACCCAGCGCGCCGGUCCCGACGGCGACGACCUGAUCUUCUACGACAACCCAUCCUGGGACGUCUUCUGGCAGACCUGCACCGACCUCGACGUCCCCUUCUACCUGCACCCGCGCAACCCCACAGGAACCAUCUACGAAAAGCUGUGGGCAGACAGGAAGUGGCUCAUCGGUCCGCCGCUCAGCUUCGCGCAGGGCGUCAGCCUACAUGUCCUGGGGAUGAUGACGAACGGGGUCUUCGACCGGCACCCGCGUCUGCAGGUGAUCCUGGGCCAUCUGGGUGAGCAUAUCCCGUUUGACAUGUGGCGGAUUAACCACUGGUUUGAGGAUCGGAAGAAGAUGCUGGGACUGGGGGAGACGUGUAAGAGAACUAUCCGGGAGUAUUUUGCAGAGAAUCUGUGGAUUACGACUUCGGGGCAUUUUUCGACGACAACGUUGAACUUUUGUAUGGCGGAAGUUGGGGCGGAUCGGGUUUUGUUCUCGAUUGAUUAUCCGUUUGAGAGGUUCGAGGAGGGGUGUGGGUGGUUUGAUGGGGCGGAGAUGAAUGAGAUUGAUCGGGUGAAGAUUGGGAGGGAGAAUGGGAAGAAGCUGUUCAAGCUGGGAGAGUAUAAGGAUUCGAGUGCUUAGAGCCUUAGCUGCUCUUUUCAGCUCCUUCUGUGCUGGUAUCCAUCUCAUCGGAUGGGUCGGGAUAGUGAUCCGUUGCUUCUGUGUUGUCCUGCGUUGUCCUGCAAGUGAUGUAUGUCCUUUAUGAUUCGUCGUCGUCACCAUCAAUGGAAUUAUUGUCGCAUUCUGCAAGUAAUAUAUCACCGACACUCUGUGAGCUAUCGUCGCACUUUGGCUUCCGGAUGGAUAUAUCGGAUGCGCGUCACGUGAAUCCGGGCCAGCAUUCAAGACGAAAUGAUGGCAGGAAUGUUUCUGACGCAAACCAUAUCUGAUCGAGUGCUAUUAGAGAGUUCAAUAGCAGAAUACAAAUACAA